AUGAACAGCCUAGAGGAGCUUCCCUUCAGGAUUCCAGUGUGGCAACUUCAAGAGACCAUGGAGAGGGUGGAGAAGGUGUCUGCCCCAGAGAUCACACUUCCAGACUACCUGCAGAUCCUACAGGAGACCGAGUAUGAAUUCAGCCUGGAGAACUGGGUGUUGACAGGGCUGCAGGGAGGCUACUCCAUGGCUCCCUGUGACCCCCACCCCUCCUCUGAGGUGCUGCCCUCCUGCCCACCAUACUGGCUGAUGUUCAGCAGCCCCCAGGUGAGACGGCUAGGCAGCCGCAGUAGCAGUGACCUCUGGGAGCCCAUUCCCCGCCCACGGAGUCACAGCCUCAAUGCUGCUGCCCCCCUGCAUGACCACACUACAUUCCUCAUCUCCGACUCCGAAGAUGGCCAGGGCUUCUCCCCCAAGGAAGAGUCAGGCCAUUUCCUGUCAAACCUCACCCCCCACCGCCCCAUCCAUUUCAGGAAGACCUCCCCCUUGUGCCUCCAAGAGUACAGGCAAUCAUCUCUCUCUGCACUGGACCCACCCCGGGGGCAUAGCCUACACUGCCAAGGCCAAAGGAAUACCAAGAGGAGGCUUCACCCACUGCGCCGUGGCAACCAAAACUACACCCUGUCCUUCACAGCAGGACACACUCCCUCCAACAGAGACCAAAAGAACACCCUGCCGCUGCUCAGCCCCCCCCACCAUUGCAGCCUGGGUUCCUACACCCCCAUCCUUGAUUCAUCAGUGGAGCUGCUGUCAGCACUCAGCCAGGAGGAGCAGGAUUUGCUGCAGGCCAUCACUGACAGUGGCUACCCUCUGCGCACUGCCAUCCUGGCGCUGCAGAGGACCGGUCAGCAGAGCCCCGAGCAGAUCCUGAGCUACCUGAUGGCAUGUGACCGGCUGUGUGACUUGGGCUAUGAGGAGGCUCAGGUAGAGGAGGCCCUGGAGAUGUUCCAGAACUGCGAAACCAAGGCUGCAGAGUUUCUACGUCUCCUCACCCAGUUUAAUGAGAUGGGCUUCCAGCAGAAUGCCAUCAAGGAGGUUCUGCUCAUCAACGAGAACCACCGUGAACGGGCCUUGGAGGAGCUGAUGUUGCAUGCAGUGUGA